UAAUUUUGUGUAUAAAUGUGAAGUUUUACAGGUCUGCGUUCUUCAUUAUAUCAAACACUAUCAUCAUCAUCAUCAUCGCUGCUGUUCUUCCUCAGAAAUUAAUCUACAGGCGACGACUACAUCUAUACGCAAUUCUUACGCUGCUGCGGUGGUGGUGCGUUUAAUGGCGUCAUCUUCGUCGUCUCCGAUCUCAACUUUUGAUGGCGGUUACGAGAGAUCGCAAGAGUCCAAUCGCAAGAAGAGAAGAAAAAUCAUUCGUGGUGACGCGGCUAAGAUAAACGAUGUCCAAAUGAAUCGAUUGCAAUGGAAAACCAACGCCGAACAGCAGAUCUACUCCGUCAACCUCGUCGAAGCCCUACGCCGGACUCCGUCGUCUCCGGAGACAGUUUCUAACGCCGGAAUCCGAUCCAUUAGGGAGACAGCCGACCGAGUUCUGGCUGUCUCCGCUAGGGGAAGAACUCGGUGGAGCAGAGCGAUUCUCUCAUGUCGACUCAGAUCGAAGCUGGUUAAUAAGAGGCAUAAGAAAGUGAAAUUAUCAGGUAAGAUCCAACCGAAAAGAAAGCCGGCUAGAACAAAUGCUCCGCCGCCGUUACAACGAAAAGUGCAAAUUCUCGGCCGGUUAGUUCCCGGCUGCCGGAAACUUCCGUUCCAUAACCUUCUUGAAGAAACCACAGACUACAUCGCAGCGCUCGAGAUGCAAAUCAAAGCGAUGAGUGCUCUCGCCGUCCUACUCAACGGCGCCGGAUCUUCAACCGCCGCCGGUUCCGAUCAAAAUUCCUAGCCUCAACUUUUCAUUAUCAAACCAAGUUGUUCUUAAUUAAUUAGUAGUAUUUUUAUUUUAUUUUUCAUUUUUCAUUUUCACAGAUUUUUGUCAAUUCUUCUUCAAAGCCUCCUUGAGCUUUUUGCUUUAAUUUAUUUACAUUUUUAUUGUACAAACAAAAUUUGUCAUGUAACAUGUUACUUUUUAUUUAUUUAUUUAUUUAAAUUUUCUGAAA